CCAGCCUCCCCGUUUACCCCUAGCCCGCCUCCACGUUCCUCUCAGGACGGGCGGCGGCGGCGGCGAAUCACGGCGGUGGGACGGCACAGCGCGGUCGUUUGGAGGUGUGGCUUUCCCGCUCGAGCCCGCUCCCCGCAGGCUCUCUCUCUCGCGCGCGCCCCUCCCCCCUCUCCAGAUGCAGCGGACGGAGAAGGUGCUCCAGCUGCGGGGCCUACUGGGCCGCUCCGUGCGGGUGGUGCGCGAGCAUUACCUGAGGCCCGACGUGCCUUGCGGCAGCGCCCUCUGCCGGGCGGACUGUCCCCGCGGUAGGUGGGCGGGGCGAAGGAGGGUGGGCGGUGCACCGGUCUGUAAGCUGAAAGGAGGUGGGGCUUGGCCAUUGGGGCGGAGCGUGGUGUCAUGUUUGGGGGGGGCAGGGAGGGGAAAUGUCUAUCCAAGGCUCAUGCCUGAUUUGGUAUUUUUUAAUUAUUAUUUAUUACAUUUAUAUUUCACUUUUCCUCCAAGGAGCUCUGCUCUCCCUCCCCGUUUGGUCCUAACAGCAACCCUGUGAGGCAGGUUUUUGCUGAGAGACCGAAGGUCACACAGUGAGUUUCAUGGCUGAGCAGGAAUUUGAACCCUGUCCUCCUAAACUACACCAAACUGGCUAAUGCAGGAAAAGAGGUCACUGGGCAUAAGCAAGUGUUUUCCUUGCUCCCUGUUGAGCAGAGCAGGAAAGUGUUUGGCCUUUCAUUAUGUUUUUACAGUGGUACCUCAGGUUGCAUACACUUCAGCUUACAUACGCUUCAGGUUAACCCAGAAAUAGUGCUUCAGGAUGAGAACAGAAAUCGUGCAGCGACGGCACAGCGGCAGCAGGAGGCCCCAUUAGCUAAAGUGGUGCUUCAGGUUAAGAACAGUUUCAGGUUAUGUACGGACCUCCAGAAAGAAUUAAGUACUUAACCUGAGGUACCACUGUAUAUGUGUUGGAAGCCACCCAGAGUGGCUGGGGCAACCCAGCCAGAUAGGCAGGGUAUUAUAUAAAAUAAUUGUUAUUGUUAUUAUUAAGGAAGGGUUCAACUUUAGUAGAUGUGAAUGGGAAAAGGAGUGGGGGUGCUUCUGUGUAAGACACACGCAAUUGCUUAUUCUACAUGCACAUACAUGAAUGGCCAGAGCUCCCUAGUUGAGGGCCUGACAUCUCCAAGUAGCUUUGGGAAAGGCUUCCUGUCUGAAACUUGAAAGAGUCAGUGUGGGCAGUACUGAGCUAGAUUGACCAGAUAUCUGACUUGGUAUAAUCUUCCUGCAUUUGUAUAUUUCAGCUCCAUGCACGUGGCUUAGUUGUCCCUCUGUGGGCAUUCACUAGGGUGGGAGGAAAGCAUCUGUGGUGCUUUAUUUCAUUUCUUUUAGGAAGCGGUAGAGUGCCAUUUCCAACAGAACUCAUGAGUACAUAACUGGGGAUGUGGUAGUUGUCCGGGAUGAAUAAAACACGAGAAGAGGAGCAUGAUUGUCAACAUAUACACACAAAAUUAUACUACUAGAACAGGGGCAGCUGAUGUGGUGGCCUCUGGAUGUUUUGAACUACAACUCCCAGGAUCUCUGACUAUUGCCACGUCGGCAGAUUCUAGAAUCUGGAGGGCACCACAUUGGCUAUCCUAGUAAGGAGAACAUAAGAACCAACCUGCAGGAUUGGGUCAGAAGGCCCAUCUCCUCCAACAUUCUGCUUUCUGUAGUGACUGGUUAAAUGCCUUUGGGAAGUCCACAGACAAACUGGAUCCCUUGUCCAUGGGUGUUCCAUGGAGCCAUUUGACUCCUCACAUCAACUGUAGUAGCAUUCUUAAGCAGCUCCUGUGCCUUUCAGUGAGAUUGGUUUUGGAUUUCACGUUGGUGCUAAAGAAGCAGGAGGAAGGAUUUGUUUAUUUAUUUAUAUCCUGCUUCUCCAGGCAAUGAUGGGACACAGGUGGCGCUGUGGGUAAAACCUCAGUGCCUAGGACUUGCUGAUCGUAUGGUCAGCGGUUCGAAUCCCCGCAGUGGGGUGAGCUCCCGUCGUUCGGUCCCAGCUCCUGCCCACCUAGCAGUUCGAAAGCACUCUUAAGUGCAAGUAGAUAAAUAGGUACCACUUUAUAGCGGGAAGGUAAACGGCGUUUCCGUGUGCUGCGCUGGUGCUGGCUCGCCAGCUGCAGCUUCGUCACACUGGCCACGUGACCCGGAAGUGUCUUCGGACGGCGCCAGCUCACGGCCUCUAGAGCGAGAUGAGCACGCAACCCUAGAGUCUGUCAAGACUGGCCCGUACGGGCAGGGGUACCUUUACCUUUACCUCUCCAGGCAAUGCAAAGUAGUUCACAAAUAUUACCAAGGUGGUUACAUUUACUAAAUACAUUUGCUAAACAACAGCAUAAAGAAUCCUCAUAAAAACAAACAUCAAACAAAGCAGCAAUAAACAAAAAGCAAAAAAAAACAACCCAAUCCAGACCACCAAAGAGAAAACCCAAAGCAAUGAUUGUUUUAAAACUCCAGGCCUGGUCCAGCAUUUAAAACCAGCAAUAAGAUCUGUUAGCAUCCACUAAAAACGAAACCAAUUGUACAUACCACCAAGACUGGGAGAGGGGCAUCACAAAAAAAGGCUCUGUCUUUUGCGCCUGGGAAUUUGCUUGAGCUUAAUGGCAGGGCUUCCAAAUGGGGACCCUGUGGAUGAACUUCGGGCCCAGGCAGAUUCACACAACUGCAGGCAGUCCUUUGAAUAACUACUUCCAAACUUCUGGAGCUUUAAAGGGUAACCAGCAGCACUUUAAAUUGGGCCCAGAAAUGCAUAAGCGUCCAGUGUAGCUGGUACAGAACGAGAAUUAGGCGCUCCAGCUGCUUGGCCCUCAAAACAUCUGGGCAGCUGAAUUUUACACCUGUUGUAGCUUCUGAACCAUCUUCAAAUGCAGUUCCAUGUAGAGUGCAUUAUAGUAGUCUAAUCUAGACCUAACCAGGGCAUAAAUGAGCCAAGGUUUGCUUUCUUGAGAUAGGAUUGAAGCUGGCAAAUCAGGCAAAGGUGAUAAAAAGCACUGCUGGUAACAGAUAGCACCUAUGUCUCUAGUGAUAGCACUAGAUCCAGGAGGACACCCCAGCCCAAAGUUCAGACUUGAUCUUUCUGGGGGAAUGCAUCCUUAUCCAGUACUGGGCACACAGCUCCCUCCAGAUCAACAGAUUUUGUCUUCCACAGUAUUUCCAUCUUGUCUGAUUACGUUUCUGUACAAACACAAUCCAUUGAUUGAAUCAGACUGUACCUAUCUGCCCAUUGUAAUUUUUAUCAUAGGAAUGAAUCAUUGGAUGUCCCAAGAAUAAAACUUGUAAUUUGUGACUCUUCCGGUACGAAUUUAGAGAUUCUCGUAUAUUUUUCGAGACUCAUUGCUAACUCUGUUAUAGCAAGUGGGUGUUAGAAAAUCAGAAAUGCUGUGUAGCAAUGCACAGAAGAUCCAACAUCUCUCUUACAUUAUUUUCCAUCAGAAUUUAAGGUCAAAUGGUUUAUACCAAGUAGAAUAAACCCUUUUGCCCUUUCCCCUGAAAGUAAAUUGAUUGGUAGCCUUUACUUUGAAGUAGCAUAUGCCUUUACUAUUCAAAUAAGGUUUCUGUCCUUGUUGCCAGGUUGUUACUGCAACGUGCCCUCUUUUUGACCUCAAUCACCAUUCAUAAAGUGAGAAAGACAUAAUGCCAUCUAAGACUAUCUGUCCAUUAGAAGGAUGGAUUUGAGGCUCUCUGGGACCGUAUAAUUUUUAGUAUGUACAGAGCAGCUUUCGCCAACCUGUUGGCGUCCAGAUGUUUUGAACUGCAACCCUCAUCAGCCUGCUGGGAAUUGUAAUCCAAAAAUCUGGAGGCCCCGAGGUGGACGAAGGGUGGUGCAGAGUAAAAUUAGUGAGCCAGCACUAUUUUUUUCCUCCCUUCUUUCCAGUCCUUUCAGAAAACCCACCUUGUCCGACCUCUAGAUGCUUUUGAACUAUAAAUCCCAUAACAUGUGACCCUUGUCCCUCCUGGCUGGGGCUCAUGGGAGUUGGAGGGCAACAUCUGAAGGGCACCAGCUUCCCCCUCUCCACCUUGCCUACUGCAACUAAAGCUGUAAUCUGCAGUACACAGGUAUAACUGAAAUAUGACCGCAUGUUGUUCCCUUGUUUCCCAUACUCCACCCCUCUCCAUUGUAGGUUUUCCCCUAUAGUCUACAAGACUGUACGCUCCUCAGUGUGGGGACACGUGCUCUGUAAAGCACAACACAGUCUUGUUGUUGUUGUUUAGUCGUUUAAUCGUGUCCGACUCUUCGUGACCCCAUGGACCAGAGCACGCCAGGCACUCCUGUUUUCCACUGCCUCCCGCAGUUUGGUCAGACUCAUGCUGGUAGCUUCGAGAACACCGUCCAACCAUCUCGUCCUCUGUUGUCUCCUUCUCCUUGUGCCCUCCAUCCUUCCCAACAUCAGGGUCUUUUCCAGGGUGUCUUCUUUUCUCAUGAGGUGGCCAAAGUAUUGGAGCCUCAGCUUCAGGAUCUGUCCUUCCAGUGAGCACUCAGGGCUGAUUUCCUUCAGAAUGGAUAGGUUUGAUCUUCUUGCAGUCCAUAGGACUCUCAAGAGUCUCCUCCAGCACCAUAAUUCUUAGAGGCCAUAAAUAAAUAAGCAAACAGUAACACUUUUAAUUCUGUUUCAGGUGAGAAAUUAUUGUCCGACGAUCUGACCCACUAUGUUGUACCUGACUGGAAGGUGGUCCAAGAUUAUCUGGAGAUACUGGAGUUCCUGGAACUCAGGGGGAUUGUUUUCAUGCAAACAGCAUGUCAAGCAAUGCAGCAUCAGAGAGGGCGCAGGUAUCUUGAUUUUUCAUGGAGCCUCCUGCAUGCUUCAGGUUCCUCCAAAAAUAAAAUGAUAAAUAUUUGAGCAUUCAGUCCUGCUCUGCAUUACCCCAGGCCAGGAAGACUCGGCAGAUAAUCUUAAGAGGAGCACUGUUACUUUUAUAGGAACUGCAGGCUCCUCUCCUUCCUGGCUCUCAGCCAGGUCCUGACCUGGGCAGGUGAUUCUCCCAUAUUUCUCUGUCUUCCCGAGUAGCCUUAUUUGCAGCUAGCACAUGAAAUUCCUGCCUGGACCACUGUUUCCCCUGGUUCUGUGUUGGAGAUGGGUGAAUCCAAUGGCUCUUUGUGGUCAGUGCCGGGGUAGAGAUCCGUUGGAGGGUCCUGUUGCACUGGUGGAAACUCAACACCCAACAAACUCUGCAUUGUGCAACCUGUUGCACAACAAAGCUGAACUGCUUAUGCAUUCUCUUGUGCAACAGCGGUCCAUUGGCACAAAACAUUUCUCCAGUGGAACAAGCAUUCUACUAAAUAACUUUAACUUAGUGCUACAUUGGAUACAGCCUCCUGUGUCUUUCUUAGAUGGCGAGCCCUUUGGGUAGACAUUGGCCAUGCCUCUUUUUUUGUUAAAAGCGCCAUAUCCUUAGAUGGCUCUCUAUAAACAAUACAUAUGGCAGAUUUAUUUCAGCUUCACAAUGACACUGUAAAUGCCAAGAAAUAAUAGAACCAAUCUGUGAAAUGUAUUUUACUCCCCUUCCUUUUUUUAGACUUACAAAGGUUAAUAUUAUGCUACAGCAAUUUUGUGAGCACAUCUGUAUUUCAGAUGCCCUUGGGACCCCAAAGGUUAAUCAGGGAUUUCUCUCACUGACAUUAAUUAUAGCAUUAUUAUCUAUGAAUAUAUUUCAGAGGUAAUGGCAGUAUUCUAAUCCUCAGUCAUAACAAGGCAAUUUAAUGAAAAUACAUAAUGCUUUCUUCCCGCCAGCAUUUUUUAUUCUAUUUUUUUGACCUUCGGCCACUCCCCAGGUUGAGAUAAAGUUUUCAUGUGGGUCUCUUUUAAAAAAAAAUCUGAUUGGGACACAAGGUCUGGCCCUUGUCUUUCUGCAUGGCCUUUUUUAUUCUGGGAUUUGAGGGCGGGUGGAGGUCUUGGGGGGGGGAAGUUGCAGCCUACAAGCCACUGGUCCAACAUCAGUCACUUUAUUUGACGGAGCUAAUUUGGCAUCCACAAGAUGCGGUUCACAUAUCUGCAGAGUGGCUAUUCAUUUCUGAAAUCCCAGCCAGCCAUUUCUCCAUUGUGCAUUAAUUACUUAGCUGCCACCUUUAUUAUACUAAUGCUUAUGCAUAUUUUUCAAUGUUUAAUGCUACAAGUUUCACCCCCCCCCCAACAUUGCAGGCUUUGUUUUCAGCACUGCAAUUUUGUGAGGCUUGAUAUAGCAGCUAGGAUCUGUGAUUUUAUUCAUCAUAUUUUGUACUGAUAAGAGUUGUAUGGCCCAAUUCAGAUGUUGGGAAGUAUAGCAGGAAUGGUGCAGUUUCUUCCUGAAAUGAUCAGUAGGGAUAGGAAGGGGACACAUUUGUUUUGAGUCUCUCCCGAAGGGGUAUAGAACAUGGGGGCAUAAGCUACUGGGACGUGGGGUGGCUCUGUGGGUUAAACCACAGAGCCUAGGACUUGCCGAUCAGAAGGUCGGCAGUUCGAAUCCCUGCAACAGGGUGAGCUCCCGUUGCUCGGUCCCUGCUCCUGCCAACCUAGCAGUUCGAAAGCAUGUCAAAGUGCAAGUAGAUAAAUAGGGAAGGUAACGGCAGGAAGGUAAACAGUGUUUCCAUGCGCUGCUCUGGUUCGCCAGAAGCGGCUUAGUCAUGCUGGCCACAUGACCCGGAAGCUGUACGCCAGCUCCCUCGGCCAAUAAAGCGAGAUGAGCGCCGCAACCCCAGAGUCGGCCACGACUGGACCUAAUGGUCAGGGGUCCCUUUACCUUUACCUUACAUGUGAAUCUUGGUGGUGCACUUUCCUUCCUUGGAGGUUUUUAAGCAGAGGUUGAAUGGCUAUCUGUCAGGGAUUCUUUAGCUGUGAUUCCUGUGAACUGCGGGUAUAGGGCGGUAUACAAAUUUAACAUAUCAUAAUAAUUCCUGCAUUGAAGGGGGUUGGACUGAAUGACCUUCCUGGUCCCUUCCAGCUCUGCAGUUCUGUGAUUCUGUCUCUGGAUCAACCCAUUCUAUCCUGCUCUGUAUUGCAAUAAGGGAAAGCAGCAAACAGGCUGGACAGCUCAGGCAGUGCUGUUGGGAACACAAUGCUCUGAAGUUACUCCAGCAAGGGAAAAGCUGAAAUUAAGUCUUUAAACUGUAGUAGCAGGUGGUGCUGCCUGAUGGUUAGCACCCCCUGUGCUGCAAGAUGAUUAUUGACUUAAAAGGGGCCCAGCCUUCUCCAAUAGUCUCCUACUGCGACCUAAGUAAGGUGAGUCUCAGGCUUUCCUCGGUCUUCUGCAAUGGAGUCCUCUGAGUUAGAGGACAGCAGUGCCACAUCCCCAGGCUGCGGCAAAAAAAGCAUUAUGCAUUUUCUUCAGAUAGCAGUACUUCCAGGGCUGGCCCUGCCUGCCCCUCCCCUUCUGGUUCAGAAUCCUCCCUUGAUCACCCAGUGAAGAGGAAUCUGACUCCUGGUCCCUGGUACUCUCCUCAUCAGCAGCUUCUUGUAUUUGCAGGGUAAGGAGGCAACUCCAGAGUCUGAAAUCUCUCUGUGCAUGUCCUUGCAUUGGCCCUGUUUGGUAGAGCAAUAAGUCUAACACAGAGGGGGUUGGUGGUUAAUCAUUAAACAUAAAGAAGAGGAUUUUUAAAAAUAAAAUAAAUAAAUCCAUCCAUUUUUUAAUCCAUUAAUUUCAUUUUUAUUAAGUUUUGAUAAGGACUCAGUUAUGUGUGUAAUGGCAGUUUUUAUACACGCUCUUAAAAGGAAAUGUUUUUAAAGGAUCAUACUGUGGGCUGCCCAAGCCGUGUAAUUUAAAUUGUAACAAUUCAUAAUUCAUUAUAAUUUUAAAAUUAAUAAACAUAAAUUGCACUUUUGUUUAAAUCAUUUUAGUUGUUAUUAAUUGUAUAGGGAUGCAUUUAAAGAUUAGAUCAGAUUGAAAAGCUGAUUCAUCGUCAAUGUUAUUUUGAGUUACUGCUUUUAAAGGACCUAUAACUUUCUAAACAUGGUGUGUAGAUUAAAAUAUCAGAAAUUCCCUGCCCCGCAGGAUCAGAAUGUAAAAAGCACAAUAGAAAAGGAACGGGGAGGAAUGAAGAACGAAAGCAAAUUGUAUUUAUUUGAUUCCUUACCCACCCUUUAAUAAAACGUACCAAUAAUAAAAACAGAGAUAUUUUCUUAAUUUAUACUAUAAUAGAUAUAAAAAUUUCUGAUCACAUAAAAGUUAUAAUGGUAUUGUUACAGUAGUACUAAAUUAGAAUACAAUAUGGAUGAAUAUUUAGAUACUUAACAAUGAGUUGUUUGGCAGCAAUAGGACUACCUCUGGGUGCUAACUACAUGCACAAGACGGUCUGUGGAUUAAUGAUCCUUUGUUAAAAUGAAUGUUACCAAUUAUAAAUAAUAGAGCUGUAAUGCUUUGGCAGAGUGACAUUUGACUUCUUUCUUUCACAGACAGUACAAUAAACUGCGAAAUUUGGUGAGGGAUGCCCGCCAUGAUUGCAUUAUGUUUUUUAAUGAAUUCCAGCUGCUUUCUUACUUGCCAAGAGAGAGGGGAGAAUCUUUGGAGAAGUGGCAGACAAGGUAUGUGCUGAAUAUGAGGUUGUGUCGCCAGUUUAAAAGCAUCAGUAAAAUUAUUAGAAAACUGUGUCCAGCAACUCUCCACCCUUGAGGUUCAGCCCUGACCAGUGGGUGACUGACCCAUAACAAGCUUGUUAAUUACACUAAAAUAAAAAGCCCUUAUAAUGACUCAGUGUUAUACAUUUAUGAAGUCAAGGCAAAAAUGUAACAGGACAUGGAGUGGUAAUUGUGAAUGUUUGCUCUCCUAGGAGUAUUUACAAUGCAUCCGUUUGGUACUAUAAUCACUUCGCGGGUCAGAUGCCCAUCGUCAUGGUAACAGAUGAUGAAGAUUCCAUCCAGCAACUUGGAAGUGAAACGGAAGGUGUUUUUGUGAUUUCAUUCAAGGUAAUCUUUCUGUACUGUAAUGGCAAAUGAAACAGUUCAGUACUCUGAUGUCCUUGAUGUUUGCCUGCAGAAAUGCCUUUGUGCCUUUUAUUCGCUUGUUUGCAUUAAAGUGACAUGGAUGGAAUGGACCCGUUUUGUAGUAAAACAUCAGAACUGUUCGGUAACACACAAGGCAUGGAAAAGUAAACGUUCCUUCCAGAGAGAAAAGAGAUGACAGAAAUGUUCUCUUAACACAGCUUAAUUCUUCCUAAAGCCUUAUAUAGUCACAUACCUUUAAGAGACCAAAUUAUUUCAUCUUGCUCCUGCUCCAUUUCUUGGGAUUGGCAAAUACUAUGUAUGUGGCUCUUCAGAGGGAUGACUUAGCUCUUUGCAUCCCUGUAUUUUAGCAGAUACAGUUGCCGUCUUUAUUGAGAGAUCCAUUGUGGUACAUGGUUAAGGUUGAACAUGGAGCAGCAGGAUGACCCAGUAAUUUCACUAAUUUCACUUUAGGAUUACUAUUUCUGCCUUAUUUAUUAGGGCUUCCAACAUGGACUGGUCCUGUUAUGAAUUGCCCGUUUACGAAUUACAGGAAUAAUCUACUUCCUCUUUGUCUGUCUGUGCACAGAAUUAUCUGGACAACUUUUGGCCUGACUUAAAAGCUGCUCACGAGCUUUUUGAGUCUAUAGUCCACUCACGGCGCGAACGGGAGAAUGAAAGUCAAGAGAAUCACGGAAGGGAGUACCCUGAACAUGUCCCUGUGGAAAUGCUGGAAGCAGGGAUCAAAUCGGGGAGAUACAUACAGGUUCAGUUUUAUUUCUUUAUUUCAUUUUUAAAAGUAUUCCCUGCUUUUUGAAGAACUUCCUUCACAAAGCAGCAUACAAUCUCCAAUUAAAAAAACCAAGUUCGCAUGACAAUAAAACAUGAAAAUAUAAAAUAUGGUACAGCUAAACAAUAAACCAGUAUGAAAAGAAAGAGUGUAUAAAUAUCAAACAUAAUGCAGAUCAUAAAAAACAGUUUUAAGGCAUAAAAGCCAACAAGAGUUAAAAUCUGCAGAUUUGAAAUAGGCUGAUUUGAGAAGAAAAAUUAUCAGCAGUCAUAGAAAAUGGAGCAAUGUUGAGGCUUGUUUCACUUCUAAUGGAAGAGAAUUUAAGAGAACUGGUGCCUGAUUGCUCAAAGCACAUGCCUGAGUCCCGCUAUGCUUUACUGCAGAGGCACCAGCAAGAGAUCUUCAUCCACAGAUCUAAGUGAGCAGGCUAGGGAGAGGCAGUUUCUCAGAUGUGCAUAGGAAAUUGAAAGCCUGCCAUUAAAUAACUGAGUAUUUUUUCACGGAGCCAAAACCUUUCCAGAUCAGUCUGAUGGACAGUUGGUUUCAUGGCUCUUAGCUCCACCAACACAACACGUAGCGAACAUAAGAAGAGCCUACUGGAUCAGGCCAGUGACUCAUCUAGUCCAGCAUCCUAUUUUCACAAUGACCAAUGUUGUAAACAAAAAUUGCCCUUUUCCCUUAUGGGGUAUCCAAGAGCCCAUAUAGAGUCCUUACAUAGGUUCCCUAUUGGUAGGAGAAGAUAACAAAGGCCAACCAGAGAAUAUUGAGAAGCAAAGCAGCUAGUAAGCUUGAUCUUUAUUGAUCUGUUGCAACAGGGUGCUCCCCUCACCCACAGGAGAGGAGGAGGAACCCAGAACAAUAGCACGGAAGGCCAUAUAAAGACUUUUGAAAUUGCCACCCUGUAGAUCAAGACCACCCCCAGAAACAUCAUACACACAUCACAGAAGGGGUAUAACCUAAGACCACCCCUCAGAUACAUCACACCUACAUCACAAAAAAGGCGGUCUAAAACAGAAAAUUGAAUGUUGCUUUUCUCCCGUCAUUGUUUAUCUCCUGUCUGGCAGGUUACAAUCCAUGCCUGGGGAGCCUGGCCAGUCUUUUGUAAUGAUAAAUACUUAGUUCCUGGGCCAGGUCACAGGCUCACACCCAAUUCAUAUCUUAAAUGUGCCCUUAAGACAGGAAUUUGUGAGGAAAGAGACAAUGGGGAGGUUUCCCACUUUGACCUCGCAGAGAAAACAUUUGCUGAGUUUAGGAAUCAAAAUGGUUCCAGGUCAGUCUUCCUGUGCUGAUCUAUGUAUGUGCUUGGUUGGUACGCUUAUGAACAUUACCAUAUAUCUAAGACCUCAAAAUUCCUAUCACACCAACCAGAUGCCUCUGGGAAGCCCACAAGCAGAACCUGAGGACAAGAGCAAUCUCUCUCCUCCUGUGCUUUCCCAGCAACUGGUAAUCAUAGCGUACUGCUUACCAGUAUGGUGGCAGAACAUUGCCUCCAAUAGUGUGAGCUCAAACACUCAGAACUUUCCAUCUUUUUGAAGUUGCCCCGUGUGAUCUUGGCAGGGUGAAAGCACCCAGUGAUACGAGAAGAAAAAUAGAUGAAGCAAAUUGUACACGCUGCAGUAAUAGUAAUAAGAAUAAUAAGCAAUUUUGCAAGAUUUCUAACACAACGUUUUUAAAAGUUUGGAGGCUGGACUUUGAAAUGGAAAGUUUUAUGGGCUGUUUCGGCCACAAAAAGGUACUAAAUCCAAAAUUGACGCUGGAACAGUGAAACAGCAAGCAAGAAGGUCAGUUUUCAUAACAUUUCUGUGAAAUGCUCAGAGGAUAAUGAUUAGAGUAGGGAUAUAAAACAGACAACACUGGGAAACUUUGUUCCUGCAAAUAAGCUCCCUUCGAUAUCAGUUGGCUUAGUUUCCCCCUUGCCCUUUUGCCCCAUAAUGGACAGUGUCUCUGUGGGAAAAGAUAGACUAGAGUCUUUUGCUGAAAUGUCGGCAGUGGCCUUUAUAGCUCAUUACAGUGGUGAUGGGGAAAGAAGCAAGAUCAGUUGCAAGAUCUGGCAUUGUGUACAGAAAGUAUUUAUUUCAGUUAAUUUGAAUCCUGCUCUUCUCAUCAAAGAUGCCAGAGCAGCUAACAAGAUAAAAUAUAAAAACACUCAGAAUCACAUCGUUAAUAAAAUGAGCACAGUGGACAGAAUGUUACAAAUUUUAAAGAAGAAGAAAAUAGUAAUAACCCAGCCAGAUGGCUGUACUGUACAAAUAUUUGCUAGAGCAAACAAGUCCAGGAAGUGACAAAAAGUUGCUAACAAGGAUCCAAAUGGAUCUCCUGGGGUAGGUGAGUUCUGUAACCCCGGUACAGUGGUACCUCGGGUUACAUACGCUUCAGGUUACAGACUCCGCUAACCCAGAAUAUUACCUCAGGUUAAGAACUUUGCUUCAGGAUGAGAACAGAAAUCGUGCUCCGGCGGCGCGGCAGCAGCAGGAGGCCCCAUUAGCUAAAGUGGUGCUUCAGGUUAAGAACAGUUUCAGGAUAAGAACAGACCUCUGGAACGAAUUAAGUACUUAACCCAAGGUACCACUGUACUCCCACUGGACAAAGGCAGAAUACACUAGAGCUGGAGUUGCCAUUGUGGCACCCAUGGGUGCAAUGGCACCCUUGAGGUCGUCCCUUCAGGCCUUUGAGCUCCCCCCUGCCUUGCCUCGUUCACUGCCCCCUUGGUCCUGAGGUGGUGAGAACGAUGACUUUUUUCUCCAUUGAAAAGUACACAGAGCUGAAAAAGGAAGUGGGAAGAGUGACCCUUCUUCCCACUUCCUCUUCCAGCUCUAUGCGUUUUUCAAGGCUCAGAUUAAUCCUAUUGGAUCUGACUUUUAACCGUGUGCCCCAAAAAAGUGAAGUGUGUGCAUAUGCACUUUCUCUUUUCCUGUCUCUCGGGUGCUGAUCUGGGAGUGUGGCGAGAGAAGUGAUCAGAGGGGUUAAUGCCCACAGCACUUGCUCAAAAAUCCAAAUGUGUCCUCCAGUGUAAAAAGACACUAGAGAGUUUCUUUCACUGCAUUAAUGGGAUUGGCAGGCUCUUAAAGGAAUUGGUAGCCCUUUAAAAGUUUCCAAGUCCCUAAACAAACAGAGCUUUGAUGCUGAUAACCUGGAUAACGUGGUAGGCAUUGCAGCCAAAACAACAGGACAGUCGCAUGGCCCAGUAAGAUGGUCCCUGUCAGAACUUUUGCAGCAGCGUUUUGAGCCAGGAAGGUUUCUGAAUGCUUUCUUGGGACAGUUCCACAGGUGGUGCGUUAAGCUAAUCCAGACAAGAGAUAACUAAAGUGAGCAUCACUAUGACUAAAUCCACUUUCUCCAGGCAUAAUUUGACAGGUUAACUUAACUGGGCAAAGGCAUUCCAAACUACAUCCACCACCUGGAACCUCAAGCAGCAAUGCUGGCUCCAAGAGCACUCCCAAACUUUAAAAAGGAUUUUUUAGAUGGAGUGCAACUCCAUCCAAAACAGGCAACAGCAAUUCUCAUGGUUGGCGUUCUUUCUGGGCAGGAACACCUCUGUCUUGUCCAGGUUAAGUUUCAGUUUAUUAGCCAACAUCCUGGGCUCACUGAUUCCAGACAAACUUUCUCCUGUCUCCCUGGAACUAUAUAGAAAGUGUAGGCAGGGAGCAGAGAGAGAGAGAGAUGGGUGUCAUUAGCAAGUUACAGUACUACAGAGCCGAAUUUAACAUAGCCUUGUAUAUUUGUAUUGGCUGUGCCUGGUUCUGAAUUUUAAUUUAUUCUAGGGGGUCCUGAAUGUGAAUAAGCACAGAGCGCAGGUUGAAGCAUUUGUGCGACUUCAAGGAGCCAGCAACAAAGAAAAAGGUGAGAACAGAUUCCAUGCUUUCAGUUUGGCUAGUGAACUGGGUUUUGCUAGGUUUUUCCUUCUGCAAAGUACAGCUUGGCUUACUUUGCUGAGUUAUCUGGGUCUACUUUGCCAUGCAGGCACUUACUUUUCUGGGAUGGUCUCUCUCUCUCUCUGAGGUUCCUAGUGGUCUAGACCAGGCAUAGGCAAACUCGGCCCUCCAGAUGUUUUGGGACUACAACUCCCAUGGCCCCUAGCUAACAGGACCAGUGGUCAGGGAUGAUGGGAGUUGUAGUCCCAAAAACAUCUGGAGGGCCGAGUUUGCCUGUGUCUGGUCUAGACUGAACAGGUUGCCUCAUAAUGGGAGCUGACUAAAGGGCAGUAGCUGCCUCAUACUGAAUAGUUUCUUCAUUCCUCACACUGCUGUGAUUCUCCUUUAGAGCAGGUAUUCUCUUGGGUUUCAGCUGUCCUCUGCAAUCAGGUUUUACAGAUUCUCAGGGGUAGAUCUAUUUGCCACUUUCCACAGAACAGUGGGGAGAGGAAAUAAAUAAUGUGAUUUAUUUCCUAGGGUUCUCCCUUUGCCAGGAAAGCCCCCUCCAAAUGAUUCUCCCUUAAAUGAUCAGAUCAAUAUUUCAACAGGAAAGGAUUGGAUUGUGCUCAAAAUGAAUAAGGGGAUGUCCUGCAAUAUGGGACAGUUCUUUCAAAGUAAAGGACACUUGGCAACCAUAAUAUUAUGUACAGUAAUCCAGUUACUCUCUUGACAUAGAAUUUAUGUAUACAUCUUUUUACAUGCUGGAGUUUGGCCCUAUAAAUCUUUAUAUGCAGUUUUUCACAUUUAGUUAUGAGAGUGGCUUUAUGAGUUUCAGAGGUUCAUCUGUUUAUCUAUAAUAUCACCAGUGAUUAGGAAACAGGCAGUGUGGCUUGGAAUCUGUGUGCAUUCUUAAAAUUUAUUUAUUUAUCUGUGAGGCCAGCUAAGUCCCACCCCCCUUUUUUAUAUAAGAAAAUGCCAAAAAAGAAUUAGACUUUGAGAAAUAGGAAUCUGCUGUCUGCUCUAGGUUCCACUGAGUCGUUCCUCCUUUCUUUGCACCCAGAUCUCAAAAAUGAUGUCCUCAUUUACGGCACCAAAGCUCGGAACAGAGCAAUUCAUGGUGAUGUAGUAGCGGUUGAAUUACUCCCCAAGAGCGAGUGGAAGGGACGGACUGCCGCCCUUUGUGAGAACGAGACCGAAGAGAAGACUUCUGGGGAGGUUUACGGUGAACCUAUGCCCACAGGUAAGUGUAGAGAGCAAGUUACCUGAAAGACUGUUUGCCUCUGUAAAGACGUGUAAAAGCACUUCAGUCACCUGGGGAAAUUCUACCUGUGGCAUCGCACCCUACAGAACAUCAUAGGGCUGUGAGCUGGAAACGGGCAUUUCCCCCUACAUUUCCAUGGUUUGUGCUUUGCAGAACAAAUUCUGAGCAAGUUGCCACUGACAUCAUGUUAAUACGCGUUGCUACCCUGUUCAAGCUUUAGCAGCCGCUCAGCUAACAACUUUUUAGUUGUAUUUGGUUUACUUGGUGUGCCUUGAAGUUUGUAAAUCGUAGUGGUGUCCCUUGGGCCUGAGAUUGUUAUUCCAGUCUUGCUAGGAAGGGCCAUUGUAAAAACAAGCUCAUAUUUAAGAAGAAGAAAUUAUUGAUCUUGUCUGAAAUGCACUGUAGCAUUGUAAAGUGGCAGGCUAGUCCUGGAAGAACACUUUGCAGACCUACUGUAUCAUUUUAUCAAUUCCCUUAUUGCCUCUUGGGCAUGAUAGAUCUUCCUGUAAAUGGAUUUAUCUAUAAUAUCUUCCUUAUCAUGCGCUUUGCUUCUGCUUCCAAGGAUUGAUGUAUAAUCACAGCAUUAUUCCACUUUCAAAGGUAAAGUCGUUGGCAUCAUACAGAAGAACUGGCGUGAUUAUGUGGUCACUUUUCCCUCCAAAGAAGAGAGCCAGUCACACGGCAAAAAUGCGCAGAAAGUCCUUGUGACACCUUGGGAUUACAGAAUCCCCAAGAUCAGAAUUAGCACGCAGCAAGCUGAGGCUCUACAGGUAAAACAGUUCCUUGGUGCAUAAAUAUCAACCAAGUUCCAAUCUGCAUUUGCUAAUCAUGGGUUUUCUGUUGACUUGGUAUUUCACAACAGGACUUCCGGGUUAUCGUUCGUAUCGAUUCUUGGGAGUCGACAUCGGUGUAUCCAAAUGGGCAUUUUGUGCGUGUUUUAGGGCGGAUAGGAGAUCUUGAGGGAGAAAUUCAGACUAUCCUGGUGGAAAACAGCAUCUCUGUGAGCCCUUUCUCCGAAGCGCAGGUUGGUCUGCAUUUGCUUUUAAUACUUCAGCUGGUAAAUGGUAAUUGUAUACUUGUUCCCAGCGGUUUGGUAAUAACAGCAAUUGGUACAGUGUAGUCUGUUCAAUUGCAUGAAACUCGUACUAGGUGUACUGGAGAAAUGCCAUACUAUUUCAGGUAAUAGAUACUGUGGGUGAUGGUCUAUGCAAAUGUUGUUUUUAUUUUAUUAUUAUUAUUAUUAUUAUUACUAUUAUUAUUAUUAAGGCUGGCCCAAACCUUCCAUAAAAAGGUAACCUCAGACAAAAGCAGCAAUUGAAUUCUGCAGCCUUUGUAAAUGGUGCAAAUUUGCUUAUUUUUGGGGAGUGGGAAACUGUUCUGCUUCUGUUAGUCAUGGAAUUUGCAAGAGCUCUACAGCAAAAUGUAUUUCGUAGUGAAAGUGGAGAUUCUUGACAGAGGCUUUGCAGCUUAAGGAUUGCCCACCAAACAAAGACAGACCUCUUCCCAAGAAUUCACACACUGUUAAACAGAUGUGAUUGAUGUAUGUCUGUUUCAAAUUAAUUUGCUGUAAAUUACAUUUUAUUGUAUUGUUUGAAUGAUGUCUUUGUGUUUUAACCUUCGGGAGCUGACCUGUGAUGAAAAGUGGCAUAGAAGUAAACUAUAACUGAACCUGGCAUGGAGAGGCUCAAAAAGGUCUGCAAGACCUUUGCCAGUGCUGCCUAACCACUACCAGCUGGCAUUCAACAGGUUCCGCCUGCUCCCUUUCAAACCUAUCACUACAGCUGAGGGCUAGAAACCUGCUUUUAAAAUCAAUAAAUAAAACUCUUUUUUUUUUUAUAAUUAAUAUUUAUUAAGUUUUCAAAGAAUAACAACAAAAAUUUCCAAAAAAAUUUGAAAAUACAAAAAACAAAAAUGAUAAAGAAAUAAAAAAGAAAACACCCAACCAUAAAGAAAAAAAGAAAAAAAGAAAAACAAAAGUAUAAAUUCAUUUACGAUCUCUGUUAACUUCCUUUCUAGACUUCCUCCUCCUCCCUCUCUUGUUUCUUAAUUUUUAAUUUUUACAGCAAAUCCUUUCUGUUUUUUCAUAACAUUCUAUCAUUACAUUUCCUUAUUCUAUUUUCCCUCUUGUCAUAUAAAAACUUUAAAACUCAAAGCUUAUAUUCAGUAUUUACCAAAUUCUUACAUCAUUACCUUUUUGCAAAUCAUUUACCAAUCAUUACUUAAGCCAUAUAAUUUCAUUCAACAUCUUUCAAACAUUUAUGAACGUUCCCAAUAUUGAAAAAUAGAAAAAUAAAAUAAAAUAAUAAGUCAGACACAAUCCAGUCAACUUCCAGCGCCCCUCCCCUGGUCCCGGUUUUGUCAGUCCUUUUAACCUCAAUAGUCCGGCUCCUUAACCUGGUUGUCUCGUGUCCGAGGCCCUCAAAUCUCUUUCUUGCCCCUUUCGCAGCUCUUCUUGAUGUUUCCCUUUCAGUCGUGGGUACUCCAGCAGAAAGAUACUUUUGACCCUUUGCAGCAAGUCCAUCUCAUGCCCAUUGUCCAAGCCAGACAGCAGAUAAUACCACUUCAAGUUUCCUUGAAACUUGGAGGCUCCGACUACUCCAAUCCUCUGAUGGCCCAUCACCAGACUCGGAAAGUCCAGAUAACCAUAUAAAGGGGGGUCAAUCCAUCCCCCAUUUCCAAAUCUAACCACAUUUCAUCUUUCCGAAUCUGAUUUAUCCCAAGUUCAUUUAUCAAGUUCAAAGGCUGAUCCUGCCGGUCCAAAGGUCCCUCCAUCUCUGAAGCCUCCAUCACUACAGCAGGUUCAUAUACUUGUAGAUAUUUUAACUGAGUUCCAUUUACUUGCUGCUGUGCUCAGGUAACUUCCGUCAUCAAGGUCGUCUCCUGACGCAUCUGGUCCAGCUGGGCACUUAGUUUUGAAAAACCUUCCAGGAACAUUUGUUCAAGCCUUUGUACAAGCAUUAUCCUUCAAGGUCAAAGAAAAUUCUUUCCCACGAUUAUAGUCCUUCACUUUUAAGCUCUCUGCGUUGCAGUUUCACUAAAUCCCACUAGAGGGAAAACCUUUUUUUCCUUUUUUUUUUUUAUAAAGGAGAAAAACAUCAGCAACAGUCUUUCUUUUCCAGAUACACUUUAUCCAAAGUUCCCCCUUCAAAAUUCAAGAGGCAACAGUAGAGUCACAAUGUUACCUUUCUUUUAACUAUCUGUCGAGCUGGACAAGCUUCAAAACGUCAGUUCUGACAGCCCGCUCCUGGUUCAGGGCGGUGGAAAAUUACUUUGUUUUAAACUCACUUCCGCAGGGUUCAAAAGUCCAAAACAACCCCUUCUUCUCCUGCAGUCAAAGGGGGGUUCAGAAAUCUUAGAUGUUGAAUUCUAGUUCUCUCAGAAUUUAAUUUUCAAGCUUUAGUAUAUUUUGUCUUUGCUUUCUUCACGUAACAAAAGAACGGAAGGCUGACUUCCUGUUUAGACCUUCCGUUCCAAGUCCCAAUUAAAUUCAAUUUCAAGUCCAAUUUAUUUAUUUAUUCACCAGUCUUAAAAGUAAUUCAGCUCUUCCAAGAUCAGGUACUCACGGAUAGAUGUUUUAGAUGCCAAAUUGUCCCAGGAAAAAGGCAGCGCUCUCCGGAAACGGCAGUGCGGCUUUGCUGCACGAAAGAAGCAGUCGACUCACAGCACCACGCACCUCCCACUCCGGAGCCCGUUACCGGGCUCCUGUACAAGGGAGAGAGCGCUCACGGUGCCCGCUGAGUCCCACGUCCACAGGCUUCAUCCGCCUGUGGGUUUUAAGGGUCCCCGCUGCGCCGUAGCGGUAGGACCCAAGCUUCCGUGCAGCGGGUUCCCUUCAACUUGAAGGGAAUUCCGCCAUUUUCCGGAGGCGCCACCCCGGAAGUCAAAAAAUCAAUAAAUAAAACUCUAUGCUCUCAGGGUGCUGAAUUCUGCACCCAGUAUCAAGUUCCACAUUUGCUUGAUGUAGCAGGCCUGUUUGUGGUUCUCUUGCUGUUCGCGGUUUGAUAUAAAAGCAGCUUUUAUUUAUUUGUUUAUUAUACUUAUAUCCCAGCUUUCCUCUUGGAAAGGUGACAUAUGUGGUUCUCCUCCUCCCCAUUUUAUCCUCACAGGGUAGGGUAGGCUGAGAAAUGAUGACUGGCUCAAGGUCACCCAGUGACCUUCCUGGCUGAGUGGGGAUUUGAACCCUGAUCUCCAGGGUCCUAGUCAGACACUAUAACAGCUAUAGCUGCCCAGAGGGACUGGGGCAACCCAGUCAAAUGGGUGGGGUACAAAUAAUACAAUAUUAUUAUACAGUACAGUCAUACCUUGGUUGACGAACGCCUAGGCAUUCGUACCUUUUGGAUCCCUAAUGCUGCAAACCCAGAAGUGAGUGUUCCAAUUUGUGAGUGUUUUUUGGAACCCGAACGUCCGCCACAACUUCCAAUUGACUGCAGGAGCUUCCUACAGCCAAUCGGAAGCCUGAGGUACGAUUGUACUAAGCACUGCAGAGUUGUGUUAGAGCAGUGAAUUUAAGGUGUCAUGUUAGAAAAGCAAACUCUGCCCCUUGCACUGAAGGGGUCUGAUGUACUGUGAUUUCAGUAUAAACAGGGGGCAAAGCUGCCUCCAGCAGAUUUUACUCGCUGACUCUUAGGAUACGAAUGAAGUGUUAUUUUUUCAAUCUAUAAUCUCUGACGGGCAGGACUUUCCUCCUGCAGAUGUGUGAGAUGCCAGUUGUUAUCCCAGAGAAGCCGUGGAAAGUGGCUCCGGAAGAAGAGCUCAAGCGUGUGGAUCUGAGGGAUACCCACUUAGUCUUCAGCAUUGAUCCAAAAGGCUGUGAAGAUGUGGACGACGCCCUGUCCAUAAGAACCCUGCCUAAUGGAAACCUGGAGCUAGGGGUUCACAUUGCAGACGUGACUCACUUUGUGGCUGCAAAUUCUUACACAGAUAUUGAGGCAAGAGCAAGGUGGGUUUGAUUCUGGGCUUUAAUAUUUAUUGUCGUAAUACAGUGGUACCCCUGGUUGAGCUCCAGUCGGAUCCCGAAGUUUCCACAACUGGAGGUGCCUGUUCUGUGCAUGCACACAGCACGAUAGAGUGCUUCUGCACAUGCACGCAUGGCAAAACCGGAAAUACACUUCCGGGUUUGCCGCGUGCGUAUCCCGAAGGAUACAUAACAAGAGGGACACAUAAGUAGAGGUACCACUGUAUAUAUAAACCAGUUAAAACAAAGUACAGUGGUACCUCGCAAGACGAAUGCCUCGCAAGACGAAAAACGCGCAAGACGAAAGAGUUUUCCGUUUUUUGAGUCGUUCCGCAAGACGAAUUUCCCUAUGGGCUUGCUUCGCAAGACGAAACGUCUUGCGAGUUCUUGCGAGUUUGUUUCCUUUUUCUUAAAGCCGCUAAGCCAUUAAUAGCCGCUAAGCCGCUAAUAGCCGUGCUUCGCAAGACGAAAAAACCGCAAGAUGAAGAGACUUGCGGAACGGAUUAAUUUCGUCUUGCGAGGCACCACUGGACCUAAGUGAACAAGGUUAUAUAAAAUAACAUAGGAAAAUCAAUUUGAAAACAAAAUUGCGAAGCAUAAUAAUAGUACUUCAUUGUGAUCACAUCCACAACAUAGAAUUAAAGCACUUUGACAGUCAUGGCUUCCGGCAAAGAGUCCUGGGAAUUAUAGUUUACCCCUUGCUGAGCUGCAGUUCCCAGCAGACUUAACAAACUACUUUCCAGGAAGGGGAAGUCUUGACUUGAAAAGUGCUAUAAAUGUAUGGUAAAAGGUAAAGGGACCCCUGACCAUUAGGUCCAGUCGUGACCGACUCUGGGGUUGUGGCGCUCAUCUCACUUUAUUGGCCGAGGAAGCCGGCGCACAGCUUCCGGGUCAUGUGGCCAGCAUGACUAAGCCGCUUCUGGCAAACCAGAGCAGCGCAUGGAAACGCCAUUUACCUUCCCCCCGGAGCGGUACCUAUUUAUCUACUUGCACUUUGAGGUGCUUUCGAACUGCUAGGUUGGCAGGAGCAGGGACUGAGCAACGGGAGCUCACCCUGUCAUGGGGAUUCAAACCGCCGACCUUCUGAUCGGCAAGUCCUAGGCUCUGUGGUUUAACCCACAGUGCCACCCGUGUCCCCAAAUGUAUGGUAGGGACCUGUAUAUUGUAUUAUCUGCAAGGGGGGGGGAAUGAAUGAUUGUUCUUUUGAUAGUGAUUUCAAUAACCAAUACCAAGAAUGUAAUGAACAGUAGUGACUAAAUACUGCUGCAUAGGAGAUGGCAGAAUCAGUCACUCGUGUCAUCAGAGGGAAAUCUUUUCUUGUAACUGUGUAAGCUCUAUUUAGAUGUACAAUUGCCCAAAAUUGAUUUUAAUAUUUUUGCUGCUGUUUUAGGCUGAAACUAAUCUUAACAUGUAUGCUUGGGGUGUUUGUUUCUUACAGCUGCCAACUGCUCUUAUUCUGAAUUAACAGUAGAUAUCAAUAUAAGUCGCCCCACAGCAAAAGGGAUUAAAGCAUAGUUAUUUUACGCAUAUACUAGUGUCACUGAAACAAAUGUCUCUUGUCUACAUUAUAAAUGGCCCGUCCUAAAUUGUUUAGCACUCGCAUUAGAUAAACCAACCGUGUUGCAAUAUGCGUCCAAAUGUUCUGAGACUUUAAAGAUGUGCAGUAGGAGCAUUAUAAUAAUUAUUUCUCCAACUUCUCAGGGCUACUACUUACUACUUAGCAGAUCGUCGUUACGACAUGCUGCCUGCUGUCUUGAGUGCCAACUUAUGUUCUCUUCUUGGGAAUGUUGACAGGUGAGCUCUUAGCACUGACUUGCCCUAGCAUCUCGGGUAUUAGGACAUGUUCUUGGUGUUUUGCUUCUUCCUAGCCCUGACUCUUUGGGGGACCAAAAUAACCCCUUGUAGCAUUCUAAUAUUCUGCAAUUUUUCUCAGUUUAUGAGAAAAGUUUCAUACACAAAACGUUCUAGCAUGUUUUGCAAGCACAGAAGUUUGGCCAUUAUUAGAAUCUAUUAAACUGCACAUACUUAAAAUAUAACGAUUAAAUCAAUUUCUCCGUCACUGGCCAUUGUCUUUUCUCCCCUGUACUGAAAAUUGAAAGGGUGGAAACUAGGGGUGAACUUCAUGUUUUUUCCAAUGACUAACAAGUGGAUUUUGCUAACACAGCUGUUUAUGAUUCAUAAAAGCAGCCCAUGUUAUGAAUGUCAAACCAACUGAACUCUGUUUCUCUCUUGCUUGAAACUAUUAUUAUUUAUUGAAUUUAUAUAUCGCCCUAUAAUUGGGGGUCUCAGGGCGUUUCACAGAAUAAAAUCAAGAUAUAAAACCACAAAAUACAUAAUAAAAAUAAAAACAACAACCCAACAGCCCCCCCCAAAAAAAUUCAAAAGGGCAUAGGAUGUAAAUCAGAUCAACCAAAGGCCUGGUUAAAAAGGAAUGUUUUUACCUGGCGCCUAGAAGUGUAUAAUGAAGGCGCCAGGCGGACUUCCCUGGGGAGAGCAUUCCACAGACGGGGAGCCACUGCAGAGAAGGCCCUGCUCUUUUGCCACCACCCUCUGGACCUCUCGAGGAGCAGGCAUACGAAGAAGGGCCUCAGAAGAUGAUCUCAGGGUCUGGGUACAGGUAGGUUCAUAUGGAAAGAGGCUACAUGAUGGUCAGCGUUGCCAUUUAUAAAUCAGCAGUGUUGUUUUAUUUUCAAGGUAUGCUGUGAGUGUCAUUUGGGAACUUGAAAAAACUUCCUAUGAAAUAAAGGAGGUUUGGUACCACAGAACCAUCAUUCGCUCUUCCUACAAACUGUUUUAUGAGGCAGCCCAGGCAUUGCUGGAUGGAGACUUGACAGUGGCCGAUGAAAUUCUGGAGCUCAAAGAUAUGGGCGAAGAUACGAGGAAACAGAAGUUAGACGAGCUGACCUGGGCCAUAGGGAAGCUGACCGAUGUCGCCCGGCAUAUUCGAGCUAAGAGGGACAGCUGCGGAGCGCUGGAAUUGGAAGGAGUCGAGGUCAGAGUGCUACUGGAUGACAAAAAGAACAUUGAUGACCUCAUCCCUCGGCAGCCACUGGAAGUCCACGAAACGAUCGCCGAAUGUAUGAUUCUCGCAAACCAUUGGGUGGCCAAGAAGAUAUGGGAGACUUUCCCUCACCAAGCCCUCCUGCGCCAACACCCACCCCCAAGGCAGGAGUUUUUUUCGGAGCUCCGAGAAUGUGCUGGCACAAAAGGCUUCUUCAUAGAUACACGGCAAGUAGAAUCGGGGCUUACCAGUCCAGGCCUUCUUUAAGCUGCAGAGUAGUUGUUUUCCAAAAUAUCUCCAAGUACAAUGCGGCUCUGGGUGCCCAAAUGAUCUGCAUUUUCAGAAACAGGCUGGGCUUCUGUGUUGUUUAUUUAAUUAAUUUAUAUACCACCAUUUAUCAAACGAUACCAGGGCAGUGUAGAACAUUAAGAAAGUAUUUUACAAUUAUGACAUUGAUAUUCCACUCCAGAACCUGCGUUAUCUUCUGGCAGCAUUUUCAUUGCUGUAUUUUUACAGAUAAGGCGUUUUGGGCUAGGAAAAAGGCUAUUACGAUCUCUCCAGCUGCUCUACCCUUCUGUAUUCAGAGUAGUCUGGUUGCAGGGUUAGAAGGCAGCCAGCUGGAGCUUGCCAUAGAAGAGCUCUGUUGCAGCAACUUGAGUUUUGGACUGAAGUGCAGUUUCAAAGGUAGGGGAGGAGAGUGGCUUGGAAACUAUUCUCCAUCCACUAUCCACUGCAUCUUUAAAAACUUAGAGCUAGACCCCUUAACAAGUGGUGUAGAAGUGGAAUUGCUCAGAGUUUGUCUGUGCAGGCAAGUCCAAGACUAGUUUUAGGACAGGUUGGUGGCGUGGGUUCAUUUGUGAAAGUUGUAAUAAGAAGCAUCUACAUUACUGAAAAGUUCAAAUAAAAUGAUUUUCUGUUAUCAUUAAUCUAUUCAUUUCGAUAGGUCGAACAAAGCAUUAGCUGACUCCCUGGAUAAGGCAGUUGACCCAUCCGAUCCUCUGGUGAACAGGCUGCUGAGAUCUAUGGCCACACAGGCAAUGUCUAACGCCUUGUAUUUUUCAACUGGCUCUUGCCCCAAAGAAGAGUUCUUUCACUAUGGUAACUGCUGUCGUUUGUUUCUUUAUGUGUGUUUUUAAAAUCCCAGCUCCAGCUCCCCCACUAUUGUCUUCAUGGCCUUUGUGUCCAUUAUUGCAUCCUAUUUUGCGGCAGGUCUUGCUCUGGAUAAAUACACCCACUUCACUUCACCAAUUAGAAGAUAUGCUGAUAUAAUAGUCCACCGGCUGCUGUUAGUGGCCACUUUGAAAGGAGAUAAAUCAGGCACCAAGGAGAACUUGCUUAGCAACAAAGAACUUGAAGAGCUAUGCAGACACAUCAACAACAGAAACAGGGUAAGGCGAUUAGUGAGCAUGGAUUUGGGUGUGUUUAUGCAAGAGAUUCUCAGAGAGGCACAUUUGACUUAGGCCACCAUACAUUAAAAGCACUAUGAUACCGCUUUUUAAAAAAUCAUGGCUUUCCCCCUAAGAAUUACGGGAGCUGUGGUUUGUUAAGGGUGCAGAGAGUUGUUCGGAGGUCCCUAUUCCCCUCUCAGAGUAGCUUAAAAACUAUCCCUCUUCACAGGAGACUCUGGGAAUUGUAGCAGUGGGAGGGGAUUAGGGGUCUGUGAACAAUUCUCAACACCCAUCACAAAAUACAGCUCCUAGACGCCUUUCGGGAAAUCAUUAUGAGUGCUUUAAAUGUGUAGUAUGAAUGUGGACUUACUGUGAAGGUUGAUUCACUGCAGUGAAGAUGGGAAGUUAUUUUGAGGGAGGUUCGUCAUCCCACUUGCUUUGGAAGCAGGCCAGUGCAAAUAAAUCACAAUGCAAAUAUUUAAUUACGUUAACCUAAAGAACAUAAAGGAAGAGAAUGGACAAGACAGGAAGUCAUUCCCAACCUUAAAUGUUCUGGGACCUAAAGAACUGCCUCCACCCAUAGGAACCUACAUAGGUUUUAAGGUCAUUGUCUUGGGCUAUGCUGUCUGGAUGACCAGAUCAAAACAUCAUAGGCAGGGCCUUUUUGGUAGUGGCACCAACACAGUGGAAUGCCUCCUUUCUAAUCUAAGUUGCUUUCUUUGGAUAGGCUGCCCAGCAUGCCCAGAAGCAGUCCACUGAACUUUUCCAGUGUAUGUACUUCAGAGAUAAGAGUCUUGACGGAGAUGAGCAGUGCACAGCAGAUGGGAUUAUCUAUUCAAUCCGAACGAAUGGUGUGCUUGUCUUUGUGCCAAGGUAAGGCAACUGUAGCUUGAAGCCAGACAAGCAAGUCCACAUGGCAAGUUGCCUAUUUCUGGGCAAUCUGGAACCCACGGGAAGGAUUACAGCAUAGCAGCUUUUAAUUUAACCCUGUGGGAUUUGGUGGAGACAUUUUUCUCAAAUGAAGUUGGGAGGAGGGGAAGUUGAAUUCAGGAACCUAGGAAGCUGCCCUAUUCAGUCAAACCACUUGUCUUUCUAACCAAAUGCUGGUAGCAGCUCUCCAACGUUUCAGACAGGAGUUUUUCCCAAAUCCAGUUGGAGAUACUGGAUUGAACUUGGGACCUUCUCUGUUCAGAGCCUGCUCACUACUUAGAUACAGCCCCCAUGUGACAAUGCUUUGAGCCUCUGGCAUAGGGUGGGACAGAGCUCCACUGAAUAAGUUCUCCUGCAACAGAGACUGCCUAGUCUUCCCAUUUGUUAAAAAAGCAUGUUUUGUAAUACUAAUUGAUACUUAUUUUAUUUAUUUUUGUUUUUUACUAAUAGUUUUAUUGAAUUUUCUAAAAAGAGGUACUUACUUUAAUCAAUUAAUUGCCUCAGGCUUUUUAAUGAUAAAGUUCAUUGGCAACUGGAUACUUUUUUGGGAACCUAAUCUCUUUCUGUCACAGGUAUGGAAUUAAAGGGGCAGCCUAUCUGAAAAAUAAGGAAGGGUUGGUCCUAUCUUGUCAAGCCGAUGGGAGCUGCAAAUGGAAACCUGGUUGUCUCCAGCGCUUUCCUAGCAAAAUUAUCUCUGCUCCCACAGCUGAGGAUUCUGUUACUCUGAACCUGUUUGACCAUGUGGCGGUACGUAACAUAUCUGCAUUGAAAUUACUCUCCUGUAACACAAGAAGGCAAACUAGAAUCUCACUGUGUGCUUUUUCCACCCACAGGUAAAAAUUUCCGUACAGAGUUCUCGUUGCCAUACUGAUCGCAUUCAGUUGCAUAUAACAAGCUGCAAACCUUACAAGACACCAGAGUUGGAACUGUCUCAAAGUCCCCACAUAUCUAGAACAGAUUUGGUACGGGAAGUAACGAAGACUGUGGAGGAGGCCCAGCUUGCUCAUGACAAGGCCAAAACAAAGAGGAUAGAGGAAGAAUAUGAGGAGUAUCGCCAGACGCAGGGUGUGAGCCUCUAUCACUUGUUGGAGGAAAUCAAGGAAUUGGCCUUAUUGGAUGUAUCUGCAGAUAGUGGAGCAUGAAAGCUCUCGUGCAACUGCUGUUCCUUUGGCCUGUCCUAAAAAAAAUUCUAGUAUUUCUAAAUGUGUUACGUUAUUUCAGUUGGCUCGGCUUUUGUUAAAACAUGGUAUAAUACGGUAUCUCUAUGAAAACAGGCAGCUAUACAUUAAAACACACUUGUAGCCAUGGAUGGUAAUGAAAUAGCACUUUGCCUUCUGUGAAUUGAGUACAUAAAAUGGCAAAUAUUUCAAGCACCUCAGGGAAUAAAUAAUAAUUUGAUAUGACAACCAAGUAGCUCUUUAAAAUUUUACUCUCUGAUAUUGGAAGUGACUAUACAGCAAAAGAAUGUUAAGCGCUUCCCAUUAAUUUAUAUACAGUAUUUAGCAUUUGGGUUGUUUUUUGUUUUCACCACCACUGAGUUGUACUCAAAUGUACCUCCGAAUUACGAAACCAUUAUCAAAACUCUUGAGUAACAACUUUAGCAAUGAAGCAUAUAAGAACUAAGUUUAGUUGAGAUUUUGUAUUUUUCUUUCUUCAGCCUCUCAGUUCAGACUAGGGUUUCCUACCUGCCAUGUGGAAACCAUCUUAAGCUACGUGCAGGAAUUCAGGAUGGGAUGAGGUGGCAGGAAAGGCUUAUCUGAAUCAACUCGGUUCUCAUUCUAACACUGGAUCGUGCCAUUUUGUUACACUGCAAAGUAACCUUCCAGAUAUCCCAAACUAUGCUCCUUUAAUGAGCACUACUUUUAUAAGUAGCAUGUCUAAAAGCUUGCACAUAGAUAUCCCCUAAUUUGCAUGCUAUGCCACUGAACAUUACCUCUGUUCUAGGAGAUCAACCUAUACAAUAUUUACCUGUGCAGUAUAUUAGUUGCUGCUUCUGGUAGCAGACCAAAAUCUCCUGCUUCACAGCAGAUUUCCAACAUCUUCAUUUCCAGUGUAAAAUAUGGACACAUAGCACAAGUAUUUCACAAUGUGAAAGUUAUAAAAGAUUUUAAUGGCAGAACUAUCAUUGCUUUGGUCUGCUUUCUAUAUGUAACAUUUUAUAACAUCUACUGUGAGAAUGGUGCUUUCUCAUUGAAGGAUUAGCAGCCAUUACUUUUAAUUCAAGCUUCAACUCGUCUCACUUUAAACUGAGAAACACCAUUUCCAAAGUGGUGGAUAAAGAAAAUAAAAAAUCUGAAUUACAGAACUCUCACUGAAAGGCCAAGUUAGAAUGCAACAUGAAGCCAAACUAUAGCUUAGCGUGAGCAAGCAAGCAUAGUGGCACAGAGUGAAAAUCACAGCCACUUUACUCCUCCCUGAGUCCUGCUACAGCACUAACCCAUUUGAGCCUAGACUUGUAUGUCUCACUAGAAACAAGCCACAAGCUGUAACUAAAGCUUGUUCUUAGCUUACUGCUCAUGGUUUGAUUGGAGAAGACAAACCACAAAUCUAGAUUUGCACAGAACCUUAAGACAAACCAUGGAUAGCACUACAAGGGUGGAGUCAAGCAGCCACAGUUUCCACCUCUUACCAGCACACUUGCUCAUUCAUGCCUAGCCAUGGUUUGGCUCAUCUUUACAUGUGAGAGAGACCAGUGGAACUGGGAAGAAUGAUCAGUUGUUCCAGUAGAAAAAAAUCAUUAAAAAACCACUUUCAAGAGGAAGAACAGGAAUAUGUGACGUAAAAUUCAAGAUGUUGGUCCUUGGUCACUUGAUACAAAAGUUAAAGGUCAUUUAUUUUCUAUACUUCCAAUUUCCUUCUUCUCAAUAGUCUGAAAAGGUACAUUUCCUCCUUCCACCACAGGCAAGUCAUCUUGUUCCUGAGCCACAACGAUGCUACAUUCUUAAUCUGCCUGGGUCACUUGCAGUUCUAUUAGAAACAAAAAAAUAUUGGCUGUCACCAUUCUUGCAUUAACUCAUUUCCUCUAAUGUAAUUGCUUAGGCUCAUACUCCCUAGCCCAGUCAAUAACUUGAAGUUUUAUGAGGUGAGAGAAGCAAUCAAUUUCUUUAAACCAAACUUUUAUUAGUAAGAAAAAUGAAGCAAUUAUCACAAGGCAGGGGUCAAGUUGAAGGAAAUAGUUAAAUUUAAAACUGAAAAACAUGAAUUCAAAAUGCAAGGAGAGGAAUGUUCUGGCUGCUAGCUUUCCACAGAAUAUUGUAAUAGAGACGAAGACACUCUAGUUCAGUCAUCAAAUGUAUGGAAAGAACAAAUUGUGACAUUUGUUCCUACAUAAACUCUCGUUCUCUUUGGUUUUGUCAUAGUGUGGUACACCUUCAUGAAGAAACGUGGUUUAGGCCACUUGGUGAAUCUCCACCACAAUAAAUCUCACUACUAAGUUGAAGGAAGGGGGGUGAAGAAGAAAAAUUCCUGCUAAUAACUAUUCCGCUCUUGUGGCAAUCCUUGGUAGCUCAUCCACCUAGUAACAAGGUAACCUGAAUCUUGUUCAGGUGAAGACAAAGACCAGCUGUUUGAUUUAAUUUCCCUGUUUAUGUCAAGUUGGCAGGUUUUAGUGUAAAAGGGCAGUGCAUAUAUAGAACUAGCAAUAAACCAGUCAUCACAUGAACUUCCUGCUAAUCUGAAAGUAUAAUGGAAUCGCAUCUCUCUCACACACACAACACAAAUUCAAUUAUAGAUGAUCGGCAGCAAGCUCCUGCAAAAGCUGCUACUAGAACCCCAUCUGCAACUGUAUAAAGAUUUGUUCCAGCUUUUUUCUCUUUCUGCCUGCCCCCCCCCCCGCCAUUUGAGGAAAGGCAGUCCUGCUGGCCAGCAACAAGCAUGGAGAAGGCUGGAAAGCCCCUCUUCCUCCUCCACUGAUCCAGCUCCUCAGGAAAAGCACAGGGACUAAAGGAGACUCCUCAGAUAAGCGGUGAUGCCUUGAAGCCAGAGGUAAUUUAAGGUAAAUUGGACUAUACAUGAAUUUUGCCUAAUGCACUGGCUUUGGAACCUAACCCCCAUGUAGAUGUGAUUCCCUUGAACGGUGCACACCACAGCUCACCUAUUGAGAGGGAAACUGUUUUGAAGGGGAAGAAAUCAUUUACAAACAAAUUUAAAGAAAACCUCAAUUUUUAUAUUUGCAAUUGUCAAAACAGAACCAGAUGCUGAUUUUUAGCAGGAUUUUUGAAUUCAAUUAUCCCAAAGUAUCACCAUGAAUAGUCUCUAUUCAUACUUUAGAAUUUACCUUCUUGUGACUGACUGUUGAACUGUGUUUUUGCUUGUCUUCUUUCCAUGGCUAUUUGUCUGUUCCUUUCAAUUCUCUGCAGCUGCUCCUCUGUUAGUGUGCUAUUUGGGGGCAUACCGAAGUCUUCUUUUGCAUUUUGGAUUUCAGAAAAUAAAUCUAAUUCUUCAGUG